AUGUCUGAACGAAAGGUCCUGACGAAGUACUACCCCCCGGACUUCGAUCCGUCGGCGAUAACCCGCACGCCGAAGCACCUCCGGUCGCAAGGCCCGAAAGUAAUAACCGUCCGACUGAUGGCCCCGUUCUCGAUGAAAUGUACAUCGUGCGGCGAAUUUAUCUAUCGCGGGCGCAAGUUCAACGCGCGCAAGGAAACAACGGAGGAAAAGUACUUCUCGAUCCCGAUCUACAGAUUCUAUAUCCGGUGCACGCGAUGUAGUGGAGAGAUUACGUUCUUGACGGAUCCGAAGAAUAUGGACUAUCGGGCGGAGAAGGGGGCUAAGAGGAACUUUGAGCCAUGGCGCGAUUCCAAGGCGGAUAAUCAGGAUGAGACGGAGCAGGAGGUUUUGGAUCGCUUGGAGAAGGAGGAGGGGCAGGAGCAAGAGCAGUUGGAGCGGGAUAAGAUGGCGGAGUUGGAGGAGAAGAUGUUGGAUUCGAAGCGGGAAAUGGCGAUUGCCGAUGCGUUGGAUGAGAUUCGGACGAGGAAUGCGAGGAUUGAGCGCAAUGAGGCGACGGGAGAUGAGGUGGCCCUUGCUAAUGUGCAGGAUCAGGUGGAUGAGGCAGCGUUGAAGGCUCAACAGGAAGACGAGGAGGCGGCGCGAAAGGCUUUCAUGACGGAGACUGGGGAGAAGGUGAAGCGGUUGGUGGAGGAUGAGUCCACACCAGAGCAGGCUCCGGUUCCAGCGCCGCCACCGUCGUUCGCACGAGUCAAGAAACCGAAGAAGCAACAACCAAACAGCCUGGGCAUCAAGAAGAAGGCGAAGCCGUCGUUAGUAUAA